GCCCUGAGGCGGCGCCUCCGCAUUACGCGCGCAAUUCGUAGCGCGCUGAGAACAGCCGCUGACGGUGGGCACUGUUCUCGUGGCUCCCGAGUGUUCGCGAUGUGCUCCGUGGUCCCCGGUUACUCUCCUGGCUUCAAGAAGCCCCCCGAGACUCUGCGGCUGAAGAGGAAAAGGUCUUGGAGGAGCGGAACGACACGGGUCUCUGGCGAGUCUGCCGCCGCUCCAGCCCACCGGGACUCCGCUCUCUCCCCUCGGCCCUUUCCCGGGAGCCGUCGUAGGCGCAACCCUUUCCUGAGCGUGGAGAACACCCCGCGGCCCCCGCCGGAGUCCACGCUUCUCCAUUCCCCUACUCGGAAAGCAGCGGGCGUGGAGUGGCUAGUGGGCCAGAGCGACACGCGCGACUCUCCCAGCCGACAGUUUUUAAAUGAUCUUCAAGAAGACAGUUCUAUCUGGAAAGAAGAAUUUUCUGAAACAGCAGCUGUUGACUCAUUACCUAAUGACCCAUAUCUGACCACCCCCAAUACUGAUGAUUCUUCCUCACCAAGUUAUGAAUUCCCUGCGGACUGGAGUAUUAAAACUCGCCUUCUGUUCACCUCUUCUCAAUCCUUUGCAUGGGCAGAUCACAUAAAAGCACAAGAAGAAUCCCAAGGUUAUGUCCAGCAUUGUAGAGCAACAUUAAUAAACUUGCCUCAAAGUAUUCAGGAACCAAAGCUCUCCACCGAACUCCGAUGUGCUUUCCAGCAAAGCCUUGUUUAUUGGCUUCAUCCUUUCCUGCCAUGGCUGCAGUUAUUCCCCCGUAUUGGAGCAGACAGAAAAAUGGUAGGAAAAAAUAAUCCUUGGUCCUAUGAUGAAGCGCUCCAACAAGUUCUCAUGAGUGAAUGGUCUCUCAGUUUUACCUCCCUUUAUAACCUGCUGAGAGCCAAGCUGUGUCCCUAUUUCUACGUUUGCACUUACCAGUUCACUGUGCUGUUCCGUGCAGCAGGACUUGCCGGAAGUGAUACGAUCACUGCGUUAAUUUCUCCCACAACCAGAGGUUUAAGAGAAGCCAUGAAAAGUGAAGGUAUUGAAUUUUAUUUACCAUUCCAAGAAGUUAGAAAAAGGAAAUGGAAUACUUUGGCAUCCCACUUAGAGACGGGACUUGCUGAUGAUUCUGACACAACAGGAAAGGAUGCUGAGAAUAAAGAGGAACAAGGAAUGAGUGGUGAUGAUGAUGAAGAUGAUGAUGAAGGAUUUUCAUGGUUGGAAGAGAUGGGAGUUCAAGACAAAAUUAAAAAGCCAGAUACAAUUUCUAUCAAACUCAGUAAAGAAAGAAAUGAGGUACAAAUGGAUCACAAGCCUGAAUCGGUUGUGUUAGUGAAAGGAACCAACACAUUCACAUUGCUAAACUUCUUGAUAAAUUGUAAGAGUUUGGUGGCUUCUGCAGGCCCUCAGGCUGGCAUCCCUCCAACACUGAUAUCGCCUGUUUCUUUCAGAGGUGCAACUAUGCAGACACUCAAGGCCCGAAGCAUAAAUGUGAGAACGCAAGUCAAUGCACAUUACAAAGAUGCAUUUAGCUUGGAGAUAGUGGGCCCCGUCAUGCCUCAUUCUCUACAUUCUUUGUCCAUGCUGCUCAAAUCUGCUCAGAAUGGAUCUUUUUCUGCUGUAUGUUACACACAUGAACCAACAGCAGUAUUCAACAUAGGCAUCAGCGAUGAACAGAGCAUGAAGAAGGAAUCCGUUAUCAAAGGCCUUUACAAGUGUGGAUUGCACCCGAACACUUUGGAUCAACUUUCUCUUUAUCCAACAUUAGGAAAGUCUUCAAUAAGGCUUCUAGAAAUGAACGAUUAUAUCUAUACAUGGAAAAUCUAAGCAAGAAAUAUCAGUCAAUGGUAAGAAUUGCCAUUUGUGUUCCUAAAUUGCUAUUAUGCCCAUAUAAAAUGGCUUACCAGGAAGACCAUCUUCUAUUUAACGUGCGUAUCUUUUAGACAAAUUCUGCUCAGUAGAUUAGCUUUCAUAAACUGAGUUAAUGAAAAUGUCUGUUCAGUCGUAGACCCCCACAGCCCUGCCCAAAUUUGCUGGUGUGGCAGCAGCAAAAUCAGGCUUCUGGGAGCCUGAUUUUGCUUUAGAACAAUGCAUGUGUUCCCUGUGUACCUUGUAUUCAAGCAAAAUUGCUGUGUGGGGGGUGGGGUGUCCAAUGGCAGCAGGAACUGUAUGCUAUCUGUAUUGCCCACCCUCUCUCACACACUUAUUUUUUCAAGUUUGUAACACCUGAUUUGUAUAGAUUUUAAAUUAAACUUUAUAACAAAA